UUUCUAAAAUAACUGCUUCUUCCCAGGAAGGUUGCAGUUUAUCUGUUGCAAAUUUUGGAAUGUAGCAUGGUUUCUUUCCACUGUUUCAAGAACUGGAGCAGACCAGUUGAUUCAACUGGUUCAAUCAAGAACUCUAUACCAAUCCAAAUAUAGCCUAGAACGGUGAAAUAAGAUUUUCUGAAAAAUUCAGGCUUAACUGAAUGGUUGUGGUCAGACUGCAAAAACUGGCAGUGACAAAUCUUUUAAACAAUGAAAGUUCAUCUGAUAUUGACCGUUUACGCUUAGUGAUGCUUUAUGCUUUGCGCUACAAGAAGGAAAACCCUGUUCAAUUGAUGCAACUUUUCAACAAACUAGCUUCUCAGUCUGCCAAGUACAAACCAGGGCUUGUCCAGUUCAUCUUGAAGCAAGCAGGGGUUGAUAAGCGAACUGGGGAUCUUCUUGAUUCCCAUACUACCACUCAUCCAAAUCAGAUAUACAAUUUUGAUAAGUAAUAAAUUGUAUUAAGAGGAAAAAAAAAAAAAAAAAACAGAAGGAAGUCCUAGUGCAUGGGAGGUAUGCGAGGAAAGCACUUAAAAUUUUUUUAUAUAAGUAAUAUUUUUCUUUUCAUUGAGAAAGUGCAAAAAGGGGCACAAUCCUAGUACAUGGGAUCUUUACAAAAAGAAGACCCAAAAGAAAUAAAAUUAACAAGUACAAAAGAUAAACUAAAACUAAUGAGGUCCGGCUUAAAGGGAAUCUCCUCCCUUUGUAAGAAAAUACUAAAAAGAGGGGGUAAAAGGACUAAGAUAUGAUAUUAAAAAUGUCUAUAAAUUCCAGAAACAAAAGUAAUGGAAAGCUAGAAGUAGAUGUCAACAUCAAAAUCAGAUAUAUAUGCCUCUGAUCACCUAUCCUCUCAAGUUUCUUUACUAUUUUACUCAAGUCUCCUAUCUUUCCCCUUCAUUUUGCUGUUACAUCCUACAGUAAAGGCUUUUCAAGCAUGGACAGACUAUUGUAGGAUUGAACGUUAAUUUAUAUUUGAGAUAGCCAUAGCCUUUGGAGUGAAAGUUAUAGCCUUCAAAUAAAGAUUUUUAAAAAGCUUUGGAUAAUAUAGCUUGAAUGACAAACACUUCAUCUUU